AUGGCACGAACCCAAAUCUUGGCUCCAUGUCUUAAGCAUAUUUUCAUACACCUGGAACCCGAAGACGUAGCUCGUUGUGCUCAAGUGUCAAGGUUGUGGAGGGACGCCUCGUAUUCAGAAUCUUUAUGGAAAAGGUUUUGUGACCAGAGAUGGAAAUAUUGGAAAUCGAAGCCCAAGAAGGCCGAUGGGUGGAGACAAAUCUUUCUGGCACGAAUUACGACUGAUCGUUGGGCGUUUGGGAUACUGGAUGAAUUAGCUGCCGGCGGUCCUUUCUACUUGGCUAAUAUGAAAAAAUUGCGGCAGCUGGGUGAUAACUGUCGAGACGUGUUACUUUGGGUCAUGGAUAAUCCCAACGAACGCGCCCUUCAAUUCAUUCGUAGAAGCGAGACCAUUCAAAAGUGGAAGGCGUGGCGUAAUUAUCAGUUAGAGGUCUCUAACCUUGAGGGCUUCGCGAUGAUGGCCACUUUUUUUAACGAGAGAAUUGAUGUGGAUGAGAUUUUACGAGAAAUUGAUGAAUUGGCGAUUGAGUUUAACUCCUUGUGCGCGAACAAUCCGCCGGAUUCUCAAUUGACUAAAUUUCGUCUACUUACAAACUUUUUUGGCGCGAAAUAUCCUUCUACUGCAUCCGUUCUUGAAAUUGAAACGAAAUUCUUAUACUUGGUCUCCCCCCUCUUAGAAACAAAGCAGAGUAAGGCUUGUGUAAUGACUGUUCUGUUUGAAGCUUUGGCGGCAAAAGUCGGAAUCGAGAAUGUGGACAUAGUGUCGGAUCGUGAUAAGCUGACUUUUAGGAGGUACCAUUUCGUUCGUUUCAGAGACGAGGAGAAUUCGACGUCAAAUAUGAUGGACCAUGAUUCGAAAAGUGAAAUGAACUCGGAUGACGAAGCGUUGGAGAUCAAUAUUUACCACGUCGAUUUCCAAAAGCAUUCGGAAACUGGCGUGCUCACCGUGGAGCAAUUUGAUAGGCAUAGUUCGAAGUAUUACGGGGCUUAUACGCCAGAGUACAAAUUCAUUCCUCAACAGAAACUGUUCAGAUUGUUUCUACAAGACUACUGGAUUGCUCUCACUACGAUUCGUGGGUAUAAUCGUGACAUCAUAUAUGGUACAGCUCUUCAACUUCAUUUCGUCAGAUCCCCAGAAUAUUUAGAUUGCACGCUUGGAGAUUUGUGUAAACUCAUGAAUUUUUGGUGGUCGUUUGUUGCUGCAAGGUAUAGAUAUCCGGAAGAUUACGAAUUUGGACGAAUGGCGUUGGCAGACAUUAGUAAUUAUAUAUCGGGUGGCACUCCGGUGGAGCAAGAUAUGUGGCAAAGAUUGGCUGAAGACGUGAAUGAGGAUAUAGAAGGAUUGGAAGAUGAUGAUUGUGCAGAUUGGGAUUUUGAAUCGGGUCAAUCUUUACGAGGGCAAUUGGGGAAGAAAGAUCCAAAAUUUUAUGUUGGGGAUGUUGUGAAUUUCAAAAAAUUUCACAGUCUCGGGGUGGUGUGUCGUUGGGACAGAGUUUAUAAUAGUGAAUUGGCCGAAAAUGUGGCAAAAUUUGUGUGGACGGAUCUGGAAUCUCCUCGUAAUGAGCCGUUCUACGAAGUACUUACCCAUCGAGGUUCAUUUAUUUACUGCGGACAAAGGACUCUAAUACUUGAACCUCUGAAUUCGGAGCGGUUAUUGAGGAUGGUCCCCACAAAUGUGUACGGAGACUUUCUUGGAAAUGAAGCCGAUUGGGAAUUGGCUAAGGCACUCGGUCCCAUCACCACAGAGUUAGUCGGAUGCUAUUUCGAAAGAUGGGACCAAGAAAGUUGCAAAUAUAUUGCGAACGAGGUCACCUCGAGGUGGUUUCCGGACGGUUGA